AGGUCUCAUUCAGUCCUACCAGCCAUGUCGUUGCCUUCAUGGUGUUCAUUCAGUUUCUGGAAGAGAGAGGCAAAGGUUGAGGAUGGCGGAGGUCUCCCAUCGCUCAAAUUGGGACGUCUAUUUCUCUUAACCUGAGUCCAUACGUUGACAAGAAGUAGGAUUCCCUGAUCAAGCCCAAUCUAAGCGCUUGGCAUUCACCUUUUGACAUCUCGGGAUCAGUUCUUCUUGUUCUUCGGCUUCAUUCCGCCUGUUUUGUGGUCGAUCGUUUUUUAUCAGUUCUCCUCCUCAGUCAGUGAUCAUUUGGUCGGCAAGAUGGUUUGGGCCCCCAUCGAGCUCUACUACACGCCAAGUUCUCCGCAUUGCCGAGCCGUACUCAUGUGUCUCAAGGCAUUGGGAUUGGAUGUGGAACUCAUUAAAUUGGACAUGUAUCAGAAGUACGAGCACAAGAAGCCCUGGUUUAUCAAGAUGAACCCCCAGCACACCGUCCCCACGAUCAAUGACAGUGGGUACAUUUUAUGGGAAAGUCGAGCCAUCAUGUGUUACUUGGUCAAUAAGUACAACAACGACGACCUUGAGCUUCAGAGUCUCUAUCCCAAGGAUCCAGAGUCUCGAGGGAACAUCGAUAAACUACUCUUCUUUGACAUUGGAUCACUUUACAAGAGUAUUGUGGACUAUUUCCACCCCAUGCUCAUGACUGGCGAAGGUAGUGAUGAGAAGAAGGCCAAUGCCUUGAAAACGGCCUUGGACUACUUGGACGGAUUUCUGUCUCAACAAACCUUCGUCGUUGGAGACUCUUUGACCAUUGCUGAUCUCUCCAUUUUAUCCUCAAUAACACAACUCGAAGCUUUGGACUUUAAGAUCACAGGAUACAAGCAUCUGUCUCGUUGGCUUCAAAAAUUGAAAGAGGACUUGCCUUACUUCGACGAGUGCAACAAGGAGGGCAUUGACAUGUUUCGAUCUUGGGCCAGAAGCAAGCAAGGCACCAAUGGGAACUCGGAGAACCUCUUGCGUCACAAAAAGCCGAUCCGCUGCAAAACAUAUGAUUAACAAUUCAUGUACAACAAAGAUGACGCCUCACAGCAUUAACAAGCCAAAGUGUUCUAAUCAUCCCGCAUUUUCUUCGUGUGGUUACGUUUUAUGCGAGUACUAAAACCAAAUAAAAUAAUCCCCCCAAAAUAUGUA